AAGAAGAAGAAGAGAUUGAUGAAGCAGAAUUGGAGAGACUGAAAGCAGAAUUAGAUGAAAAGAGACAAAUGAUUGCUAAUGUUAAAUGCAAGCCUUGGAAGAUGGAGAAGAAAAUUGAAGUUCUCAGGGAAGCAAAAAAAUUUGUGAGUGAAAAUGAAGGAGCUCUUGGGAAAGGAAAAGGAAAGCGAUGGUUUGCAUUCAAGAUGAUGAUGUCCAAGAAAUGGGCAAAAUUCCUCCGUGAUUUUGAGAACUUUAAAGCUGCUUGUGUUCCCUGGGAAAAUAAAAUCAAGGCAAUUGAAAGUCAGUUUGGCUCAUCCGUGGCCUCGUAUUUCCUUUUCCUGAGGUGGAUGUAUGGAGUGAAUAUGGUUCUCUUCAUCCUGACAUUUAGCCUAAUCAUGUUGCCAGAGUACCUCUGGGGUUUGCCGUAUGGCAGUUUACCCAGGAAAACAGUUCCGAGAGCAGAGGAGGCAUCUGCAGCCAACUUCGGUGUGUUGUACGACUUCAAUGGCUUGGCACAAUAUUCCGUCCUCUUUUAUGGCUAUUACGACAAUAAACGAACGAUUGGAUGGCUGAAUUUCAGGUUGCCGCUCUCCUAUUUUCUGGUGGGGAUUAUGUGCAUUGGAUACAGCUUUGUGGUUGUUCUCAAAGCGAUGACUAAAAAUAUUGGUGAUGAUGGUGGUGGUGAUGACAAUACUUUCAACUUCAGCUGGAAGGUGUUCUGCAGCUGGGACUACCUGAUUGGCAACCCAGAAACAGCUGACAAUAAAUUUAAUUCCAUCACAAUGAACUUUAAGGAAGCUAUUACUGAAGAAAGAGCAGCCCAAGUAGAAGAAAACGUCCACUUGAUCAGAUUCCUGAGAUUUCUUGCCAACUUCUUUGUGUUCCUGACCCUUGGAGCAAGUGGAUACCUCAUCUUUUGGGCUGUGAAGCGAUCCCAGGAAUUUGCACAGCAAGAUCCUGACACCCUUGGGUGGUGGGAAAAGAAUGAAAUGAACAUGGUUAUGUCCCUGCUGGGGAUGUUCUGCCCAACACUGUUUGACUUAUUUGCUGAGUUGGAAGACUACCACCCACUCAUUGCUCUCAAGUGGCUACUGGGACGCAUUUUUGCUCUUCUUUUAGGCAACUUGUAUGUAUUUAUUCUUGCCUUGAUGGACGAGAUUAACAACAAGAUUGAAGAGGAGAAACACGUCAAGGCCAACAUUACCCUGUGGGAAGCAAACAUGAUCAAAGCCUACAAUGCAUCCCUCUCUGGGAAUACUACUGGGCCACCCUUUUUCGUACAUCCUGCAGAUGUUCCCCGAGGACCUUGCUGGGAAACAAUGGUGGGACAGGAAUUUGUGCGGCUGACUGUUUCUGAUGUUCUGACGACAUAUGUCACCAUCCUCAUCGGUGACUUCCUCAGGGCAUGUUUCGUAAGGUUUUGCAACUAUUGCUGGUGCUGGGAUUUGGAAUAUGGAUAUCCUUCAUACACCGAAUUUGAUAUCAGUGGCAAUGUCCUCGCGCUGAUCUUCAACCAAGGCAUGAUCUGGAUGGGCUCCUUCUUUGCUCCUAGCCUCCCGGGCAUCAACAUUCUGCGCCUCCACACAUCCAUGUACUUCCAGUGCUGGGCCGUGAUGUGCUGCAAUGUUCCUGAGGCCAGGGUCUUCAAGGCUUCCAGAUCUAAUAACUUCUACCUGGGCAUGCUGCUGCUCAUCCUCUUCCUGUCCACCAUGCCUGUCCUGUACAUGAUCGUGUCCCUACCACCAUCUUUUGACUGUGGUCCCUUCAGUGGCAAAAACAGGAUGUUUGAAGUCAUCGGUGAGACUCUGGAGAAUGAUUUCCCAAGCUGGAUGGCGAAGAUUUUGCGGCAGCUCUCUAACCCUGGCCUGGUCAUUGCAGUCGUUCUGGUGAUGGCCUUGACCAUCUAUUAUCUCAACGCUACAGCCAAGGGCCAGAAGGCAGCAAAUCUGGAUCUCAAAAAGAAGAUGAAAAUGCAAGCUCUGGAGAAUAAAAUGCGAAACAAGAAGAUGGCAGCGGCACGAGCAGAAUGCAGAAGUCUGCAGCCGGUGGACAGUAACUUUUUGAGUCUCCCAGAGGACCAGAAGUCCUCCUUCCCUUCCUCUUCUAAAGUGAUGACCCAUGUGAAGUUCCAGAGAACCAGCUUUGGGGAACAGCUGCUCUGUAGCACUCUGGAUGGCAUCCCGGAUGUGUUCAUCAAUGAAGGCUGCCUCAGUCCUCCCCGGGCAAGAAAGAUCUCCAUGUUACUCUAA